CAUGUGCUGCUCAAAAUAAUUCAAAGUGGUUCAGUUUUGGUUGAAAAAUAGUGUUAAAAUUGAUGAAUACAGUUCCAAUUGCUGUUCAAGUUUUAGUUUUAGUCAAAUAGCAUUCGAUUUAGUUGAAGUUUUAUUGAUUCACACGGUAUUAGUGCGUAAAAAAAUAUCGCAACUUGUCUUCGAAAUUGAUUCCCCCCACCAGCCGAGAUGACGAUCGAUCAGAAUCUGGAGGUCAAUCUGGACCCGACUAAUUUGCAUUUUGCGGUGUUCAGCUCGGAGGACAUCAAGCGGAUUAGUGUGACGAAAAUCGUGACGUCGAGGUCGUUCGACGAGCUGGGCCAUGCCAUCCCGGGAGGACUGUACGAUGCCGCGAUGGGCCCCAGUGGACGAAACGAGGUGUGCACCACCUGUGUCAAGGACAUCAACAAUUGCGAGGGGCACUUUGGCCACAUUGAGAUCUGUGUUCCGGUGUUCAACCCGUUUUUCGUCAAGACGGCGUAUAAUUUGUUGCGGAUUUGCUGCACCGAGUGCUUCCGGUUGCAGAUACAUGAUUCGAUGAAGAGCAUGUUGGAGUUGCAGCUGCACCUGGUGGACGCCGGGUACAUCGUGGAAGCCGAGGAGCUGGAGGUUUACAAGCAAAAGGUGGCGAUGGCUCCGGUCGGAGAGCUUCCGGAGGGGGUCAGUUACUAUUCGGAGCUGUUGAUGAACCAUCCCUACAACCAACUUGGCAAUACGAAGAAUUCGGAGGCGAUUCGGACGGCAAUCGUCAAUACGACGAUGAAGGAAUGCGUCAAGAAAGUAUGCAUUCACUGCAAGACUAUCAUCCGGAAGGUGCGGGUUUCUAAUAAGCGACUGGUGUUCAGUAUGACUCGGGCCGAGAUGAGGGCUUUCUACGAAAAGCAAGGACAGACCAAUGUGGAAGACGAGAAGACGCGAGCCACCAACAGGAUCAUCUUUGGCGAAGAGUGCCAGCGUUAUUUCUUAGAACUGUUCAAAAAUGAUGCCCCGCUGUUGAACCUUCUGUUACCGAUUCUGCAGAAGAGUGCCCGGUCGAUGAAGAACCCGACCGAUCUAUUCUUCAUGGAUGUGAUUCCGGUACAGCCCCCGCUAGUGCGCCCGGUUCGACGUGUCGAAGGAAUGGAGAUCCUGGAGCAUCCGCAGACUUCGAUCCUGAGGAACAUUUUGAUGGCGAAUGCCACGUUGAGGGCGAUCCUGGUAUUGACCAAGAAGCACGAUGAGUUACAAGACGACGACGACGACAACAAGCCGAGUGGAAGUGCUGCAAUUGAGACGGAAAUGAAGAAGGUCUUCGAAACGGCCAAGGGCGAUUCGUCCCACGAGAAGUUGUACCAUGCUUGGGUGGAAUUGCAGAGCUACGUGGAUCAGUUGUUGGACAUCAACAUGGCGCAGGAUAAGAACCAAAUCCGCGGGUGCGGGCUUAAGCAAAUUAUCGAGAAAAAGGAAGGCCUUGUGAGGAUGCACAUGAUGGGGAAACGAGUAAACUACGCUGCACGAACGGUCAUCACGCCGGAUCCGAAUAUCGGUGUGGACGAAAUCGGAAUUCCGGUCACGUUUGCCAAGAGAUUGACGUAUCCCGUUCCGGUGACUUCCUGGAAUGUCGCCGAGUUGAGAAAGAUGGUCAUGAAUGGUCCCGAUGAAUACCCGGGGGCGAAUAUGAUCGAAGAUUCCAACGGACAAGUCAGCAAGAUUUCGGCUCUGAAUGUGACUCAGAGACAGUCGUUGGCCAAGACUUUGCUGACUCCGCAUAGCUCGAACGAGCAGGGCGUUAAGAUCGUUCAUCGUCAUCUGCUGAACGGUGAUGCUCUGCUGCUAAACCGUCAACCGACUCUCCAUCGCCCGAGUAUCAUGGCCCACAAGGCCAAGAUUCUCAGCGGGGAGAAGAUCUUCCGUCUGCACUACUCCAACUGCAAGUCCUACAAUGCCGACUUCGACGGCGACGAAAUGAAUGCCCACUUUCCGCAAACCGAGCUGGGACGUAGCGAAGCGUACAAUCUCGUAGCCGUUCCCCAUCAAUACCUGGUCCCGAAGGACGGAACUCCGCUGGGAGGUCUGAUCCAAGAUCACAUCGUCUCUGCCGUGAAACUGUUCAUCAGAGGUAAGUUCUUCAAUUGUGACGAUUACCAGCAGUUGGUCUUCCAAGCCUUGAGCAACCACCGUGGGAACAUCGAUCUGCUCCCACCGACCAUCCUGAAACCGGCGACACUUUGGUCCGGAAAGCAGAUCAUCUCAACGAUCGUGAAGAACAUCAUCCCCAAGAACAUGCCCCACAUCAACAUGAUCGGAUCGUCCAAGCUGGGUAACAAGCACUGGCAAACGGAACCCGCUCGUGAGUGGCUGGCUGGCGGUACUCUUCUUGUCGGUAAUCAAAUGUCCGAGUCGGAGGUGUUCAUCCGCGAUGGGGAACUCCUGGUCGGAAUCCUCGAUAAGAACCACUUCGGUGCUACCCCGUACGGUUUGAUCCACUGCAUGUACGAACUCUACGGUGGCCAUUGCUCCUCGCUCUUGCUGUCAUCGCUGUCCCGACUCUUCACCUACUAUCUCCAGUGGGAAGGCUUCACCCUCGGUGUCAAGGACAUCCUGGUUCAGAAAACCGCCGACAAAAAGCGAUCCAAGAUCAUCAAAGCUUGUCGGCAGAUCGGACACGAAACGGCUGCCUCCGCACUGGAUCUCCCUCCGGAUGUAUCCUCCGACGAACUGAACACCAAAAUGGAGGAGGCCUACGCCAACAAUCCCAAGUUCCGCGUGAUCCUCGAUCGCAAGUACAAAACCGCCUUGGAUAUCUACACCAACCAGAUCAACGAGGCGUGCAUUCCCGAGGGGUUGAUCACCAAGUUCCCGGACAACAACCUGCAGUUAAUGGUGCAAUCCGGUGCGAAGGGUUCCACGGUGAACACGAUGCAGAUCUCCUGUCUGCUAGGACAGAUCGAACUGGAGGGCAAGCGACCUCCGUUGAUGAUCUCCGGCAAGUCGCUGCCCAGUUUUGCAAGUUUUGAAACUUCGCCCAAGUCGGGUGGUUUCAUCGACGGACGGUUCAUGACCGGAAUCCAGCCGCAGGAUUUCUUCUUCCAUUGUAUGGCCGGUCGGGAGGGACUGAUCGAUACGGCCGUCAAGACCAGCCGUUCCGGAUAUCUUCAGCGAUGUUUGGUGAAGCACUUGGAGGGGUUGAACGUGAACUACGACAUGACGGUGAGGGACAGCGAUAACAGUGUGGUUCAGUUCAUGUACGGAGAGGACGGCAUGGAUAUCUCCAAGGCGCAGUUUAUCGAGACUUCAAAGCACUUGAAAUUCCUGGAUCUGAACAGGGACGUGAUCGUGCGACCGGACACCGUCAAGAUGCUCGCAAACGACGACGAGUUGAACGACCGGAUCAAGGCACACGUCAAGAAAAUGAAGUCCUGGUGCAAGAAAAACGGUGCCACGCUGCAGAAGACCCGGAUGUCGCCGUUUGCAAAGUUUUCUACAGACGUCAGCGAACAGGUUCGUGCCGACAUGUCCGAUCCGGAUCGUUUGAAAACGAAAACCGGCCGCAGCCGACUCACGGGGAAGAUUGUCAAGAAAUGGAACAAAGCGAAACCGGACGAGAAAGCCAAGUACAGAAGGAAGUAUGCCCCUUGUCCGGAUCCUACGUUCUCGCUGUUCCGACCGGACAGUUGCUUUGGAGCGCUAACCGAGCACCUCGAAGAAUUGGUGAAACAUUUCGAGAAAACGCAGCAACCUCUCCACGACAUGGCCGAAUUGAUGAAGAUCAAAAACAGUUACGCUCUGGCAGCACCCGGCGAACCGGUCGGUCUGCUAGCAGCGCAAUCCAUCGGAGAACCUUCCACGCAGAUGACCCUGAACACGUUUCAUUUUGCCGGUCGUGGUGAGAUGAACGUGACCCUGGGUAUUCCUCGGUUGCGUGAAAUUCUGAUGCUUGCCUCGCAGCACAUCAAGACCCCGUCGAUGGAGAUUCCGUUCCGGCCGUACAAAAGCCAGAAGAAGCUGCAUUCAGUCGCCGAAAAGAUGCGCAAGACGUUGAACCGGGUCACGGUGGCGGAUGUUCUGGAAGAUAUCAAAGUGAAGUCCCGCUUGGUCCUGCGGCCAUCCCGAGGAAUGCAACAUGUGGUGCGAUUCAACUUCUUGCCGAAGGAUGCCUAUGCGCACGACUACCGAGUGGCACCGGAGGAGAUUCUGCGCUACAUGUCCCGCGGUUUCUUCAAGCACAUGUUCCGGAUCAUCUUCCGAUCGGCCAAGGCCAAGAACGUUCUGAUUGAAAUCGAGCAGGAAUCCACUACGAAACAGACCGCAGCUGGCGCGAACGAAAAUGAUAAUCUAGUGGACAGUCGGGAGCCGGACAUGUCUCGCCUGGAGGAGAACGCCGACGAGAGUUCGGACGACGAUGCCGGUGGCAACGAAGGCGAUGCCGAUGCGACGGAAUUCAACUUGAAGAACAAGAAAAGCGACGAAGUGGGCUAUGAUACGGAUGAGGAGGAGGAGGAUGAUCAGGAGGACGGGGAUGAGUUGCAAAAUUCCACGGAGGAUAAGGAGCAGGAAGGGGAUGACGAAGCGAACGCCGAUGACGAUGAGAUGGCCAACGCAGAGGAAGCGUUGGACGUUUCCAAUACCAAGCUGGAUGAGGAUGCGGAGAAGUUGCUGGUCACCGUAGAGAACAAUCUGAUCGAAGAUUACGUCUUCGACAAAAAGGAGCACCGCUGGUGCCAGGUCACCUUCCAUAUGCCCAUAAAGUAUAAGGACAUUGACUUUACGAAAAUUUUGAGGGAUAUUGCUGGGAAGUGUGUCGUUUGGCAGGUCCCUCACAUCCGCCGCGCCAUCACCUACGUCCAGAACGAUCAGCUCUACCUGAAAACGGACGGUAUCAACAUCUUUUCGAUGACCAAGUAUAGCGAAAUCCUCGAUCUGAACCGGCUGUACUCGAACGACAUCUACGCCAUCUCGCAAACGUACGGAAUAGAGGCAGCGGCGCGGGUCAUCGUCAAGGAGGUUCAAAACGUGUUCAAGGUCUACGGCAUCACGAUCAAUCCACGCCAUCUGCUGCUGGUGGCGGACUACAUGACCGCCGACGGGACGUUCAAAUCCAUGAGCCGGAAGGGAAUGGAGCACAACGUAUCGCCGCUGCAGCAGAUUUCGUUCGAGUCGUCGAUUCAGUUUCUGAAGGCGGCCGCCCUGAAGGGCAACGGUGACCAUCUGGAUUCGCCUUCGUCCCGGCUGAUGGUCGGACAGCUUUGUAAGAGCGGAACCGGAGCGUUCGGGGUGUACAGUAAGCUGGUUUGAAUUGAGUUUUUCUUAUUAAAGAUUUAUAAA